AUGGCACCCGCAAAGAAGGCCAAGAGGAAGGCAGGAGAUGGCGGCUCCUCCAAUGUCUUCUCCAUGUUUGACCAAACCCAGAUCCAGGAGUUCAAAGAGGCCUUCACCGUCAUUGACCAGAACAGGGAUGGCAUCAUCGACAAGGAAGACCUGAGGGACACCUUCGCCGCCAUGGGCCGCCUGAACGUGAAGAACGAAGAGCUCGACGAGAUGGUCAAAGAAGCCAGCGGCCCCAUCAACUUCACCGUCUUCCUCACCAUGUUCGGCGAGAAGCUGAAGGGUGCCGACCCCGAAGACGUCAUCACCGGCGCAUUCAAGGUCCUGGACCCCGAGGGCAAGGGCACCAUCAAGAAGCAGUUUCUGGAGGAGCUGCUGACCACCCAGUGUGACAGAUUCACCCCAGAAGAGAUCAAGAACAUGUGGACCGCAUUCCCCCCUGAUGUGGCUGGCAACGUAGACUACAAGAACAUCUGCUACGUCAUCACCCACGGAGAGGACAAGGAUCAGGAGUAA